UAUGUUUUCAUCAGGCUGCUUCAUAAUAUAAUGCAUAUGGAACUACAUUAUACAUAGGACGCAGCUAAUAUAGCAGCAUACCUGUACCUGUACUUUGUAGAGGGCUUUUCUUUGCCUUGGUCACGUACUGCACUGGUGAUGAGUGGUGGGAAUGCAGAGCCACUCUCAAAAAGAAAAACUCAUCCUUUCAAAAAUUCAACAGAGAAACGAAAGUCUGGAUCUGCUAUAACUUAUAAAAAAGGCGAUCAGAAAACUGCUGAGCUCUGGAGUCGAGUUUGAGGAAUAUGGAUUUAGAUGCUGCACUCAAUGAACUGGGCAUGCUCAGUAUAGUAACAGAGAGCAGGAAAGAGUAUUUGAAAGAGCGGGUGUCGCAAAACGAAAACAAUAUGAACAAUGCUGCAUCGUCGUCACAGGCCCCAAGCUUCCACAUCGUCAAAAUGAACACCCAGUUUGUCACGUGUGUUGGUUCCGUCUUGGCCAAACACGGGCGUCCAGUGGUGACACCUAGUAGCAGCAGUGCAGAGAACGGUGUAGUCGAAGCAGAAAAGAGCACCAGUGCAUCCAGACCGUACUCUUCUUUCCUUGUCAACGAACAUCGUGUCGUAAGGACUCACAGACCCCCGAGGCGGUGUCAGAAGAAGCCGUAUGCUCUUCCUCGCUCGCACAGAUCAAAGGCGUCGAGUUCACGGAAGGGUAGACCAUACCUGUCAACUGGUUUCGAGGACGAUGUGUUUUUAGAAGACCCACAGGUAGAUUGCAAUGGGAAUGGUCAGAAACAUCGGCGUCCCAGUAGUGAGGUGGCGAGUAAAGGAUCACUGACCGUUCCAGAGAUCCACCUUCACCGGUCAAAGUCUCUGGACGAUAUUCACUUAGAACGUCUUCGUAUCGAUGAUGGACUCAGUCGACAUCGAAGCGAUGUUGAGCUAGCCUCAAAGCUCAUUAGCAACCUCAAAGUUUCUUGAGUCUAGUUUCACAAGUUGAGAUUUUAGUUUCUUAAAUGAUAUUUCAUGUAACACAGCCAUGCAGGCUGGCUUUGCUUAGCAACAUGUCCAGUCUUCAAUUUCAAUGAAUUUUUGUUUUGAAGUUUGAACCCCAGGUUAUUUUGCAUUCCAUUGUUUGAGUCAAAACCAAACCAAAAAUUUUUAAUGUGUCUUAAUUUCAUAAGUGUUAUUAUUAUUAUUUUUUUUUUGGGGGGGGGGCUAAAUAGUUGUGCAAUGGCUCUUGUGAUGUUUUUUUUAAACAAACUUUAUUAGAAAGAAAGAUGAUUUGCUGAAAUAUUUUUUUACAACCUUUGUACCGAAAGCUGUGCAGAUAUACCUUGACACUCACACUGCAAUAACUCCGGUGUUGAUUUGACACCAGCCCGGAAUCUAUAUAUGUCCACACCAGAGAAGUGUUCAACAACACCAGUUCCGUUUUGGUGUAACACCAGAAAGGUGUUUAUACAACACCAAUUAGUAUUAAAACAGCAUCGGUUUGAUUCCAAACUGGUGUUGUUUCAACUAUAUAUUUCAAUUAUAUAGAUUCUGGACUGGUGUCAAAUCAACACCGGGGUUUUUGCAGUGCAAUGGUUUACUUUUUAGUUUUUGUUUUUUAAAGAAAAUUGCUGCAAAAGUGUAUAAUUAGAUUUCUUUCGAAACGUCGAGAUUGGGUGGUCCUUUCAGGACCUACACUUGCCCAAGAAAGGUACAUGGUGUACUGUGAAACCUACUACACUAUCUUUGUACUUUGUUAGAACUUACAAGUUUGGGUGCGAUUGAAAAGUAAUACAUGUAGCAGCCUUUAAUGCUUCAAAGUGUAGUUUGAGAAUUAUAUUAUACAUGUAUGUACCUUGAAUGCUGCUUUCUAAUAGAUAAGCAUUUAAUUUUCAGAAUACAUUUUAAUUUAGAUUUUCAAAAUUGAAUAAGGACAAAGAGAAAGACCUUCACUUGUUUCAAGUACACAGUGACAUUUAUUACAGGUAAGCUCUUUUAAUUAUGUGGUUAAUUCACCCCAAAUAUCUUGGUUGCUAGACUCGCUACUCCUAUUUCUGCAUUUUCUUUAUAUAUGAAUGUGUACCAGUAUGUCCAAAAAUUAUUAUGUUUUUGACAAUAAUGUGUAUCAAUUGUGAAAUAAAAUAUUGGGUUUUAUGUAAUUUUACAACUUGCAAGAAUAAUUUGGACAAGAAUCCUGAUGAAAUGCAAAGGACACAUUAGACACUCUAAAUUUGCAAUGCAAUGACAACAACAAAGUCAUUCGCGUGAUUAGGCCUAUUUAGAAUGCCAAUUGGCAAUUAUUUGUCACAAUUUUGUUUGAUUGUUGCCAAUUUGAUGAGCAUUAACAAAUUGAUUUGAUUAUAUGGUUUUAAGUAAUUUGAGUGGAAUAGGGAAUUUAUAAUGCAAGGCUCAACACUAACUUUUUUUCUUGGUCACAAAUCAUCAAUUUCAUAUUUUUGAUGGCCUGCAAAGCAAAUUUGGUGGCCCUAAAAUUAAAGAAAACAUUACAAUUUAUCAAAACUUUGUAGCCCGACUGGGACACCAAGUCUGGACUUUUACAGAAUUUUGGUGGCCCAACUCUCAAUUUAUGUUGCCCCGGGCCACUGCUAAUGUCAAGCCCUUCAUGAUGAUAUAAAGUCAUAUUUUACAGGCCACCUACAUGUACAUGAAACUGUAUUUUUGUAGUUGAAUACCGUUAAUUUGUUUAUUCAGUUCUUGAUGUGACACAUGGAAUCAUGCUUGGAAAGAGAAUACAAACAAUAUCUACACCGCCCUUAAGUUUCAUAACAUCAGAUAAAAGGUGUGAAAUAUUAAUGGCACUCCAGGGAUCGCUAAUCCUCAGAAGUUUUGGCUUACUCUUUAGUUUAUUGGGGGGUUUUGGCGGGAAUUUCAUUGUUUUUUCCCCCUCCCAUAUCACUGAUGUCCCCAAACUGUUUUGGAUGGUUAAUGAGCUUUUAUAUUUGUAGUAAAAUGGUGAUUUAGAUUUAUAAAUUCAAGUGAGUACUAUGAUAAUGUGUGACAAAAAAGAAUGUCCGUCAAAAGUUUGUAAACAUUUUUGUGCCUUAUUUUCAAUUGAAUUUCUAGAUAGAUUUUUUUUUAACUUGGCACUCUAAUAUGGUUUCCAACACUUGUCAGAUAUAUUGAUGAAUCAAAACACAAGAAUUUACAUGUAUUUCUCACUCUAAAGUAUGCAUCUUAUAUAUCUUUGGUCAACAAGUGAUCACUAAUUAUAGUUCCGGGUGGGAGGGGGACUUUUUUUUAUGCAGUCUCUAUCAUGUCUGUCUAAAGUUCACAAGUAUUUCAUACACUACUGAAUGUAGGAUAUUUGUCCACAGUUGCAGCUUUUUUUUUCAUUUCUUUUUGGCUAUUACUUUAUAUCAUUCCACUGCUUUUUUAUUUUGUCCAGUCAGGGCUACAAUCAGAAUGUCAUGCACCUCUGCAUCAUGUUUCACCUUAUAUCCCAUAAAAGCAAACUUUUGUUGUUUUCUUUGAAUCUGAACGAGCUCCUGGCACCGUGUCCCUUCCUAUUGAUAUAGAUAUGCUUAGUACUGGGAAGGUUUCACUAGUUGUAUACAAAUGUCUGGUUAUUAGGCUCAAGCAGCAUAAAAGUACAAAGCAUCUUAUCUUUAAUACUAAGUGAUAUGCUUUAACUAUUCCAACUGUAGAAUCUCAAGUUUUAUUUAUUUAUUUUUUAUUUUAUUUUUAUUUUUUUUGGGUGGGUUUGUUUUGGAUUCAUGUAGUACAUGUGGUACAUGUAAUCCACAUGAUUCAAAGUAUUUUAUUGGAGCCUGGAGGUUUGAGAAAAGUUGAUUGAGGUGAAUUUGGGGGGUUACAUGUAUGACCAGGCCAGCAAUGGCACAUGUAAAAGCGUCAAACCCAAACAAUAUUGAACGUACAUGUAUUUCAUAGAAUAUUGGAGGUGGGUUCAUUUUAGGAGGGGGGAUGGGUGGGUUUGUUGGAAAACGUUAAAUUGGGUUACGGCCAGGCCAGUAAGAACAUGCCUCACCGAGUGGUGGUAAUUAGCGCUUCCUGUGUUCCGUCUUGUAUGCUUGUCAAUGAUUGCUGGUACAGUCAGCCCACACAGUUGUUAAGCAAUUGUCCUUAAAGGGGCUGUAGGUGGUGAUUGGUGGUCGAAGAAAUAAGAAAGGAGGGCAAGUUGAAGCCAACAUCGAGCAGGUGCAGUGAGCCAAAAGUUCAAGAGAAAGUCAAGUUCAAAACAGUUAUCAUACCAUUAUAAUUUUUACAUUGGCUAAGUAUAACCAAACCUUGUGAGAUGAUGAAAUCUGGGAGUCCCUUUUCACAAAGACUUGCAAUCAUAGAAACUUUACAAUGAUGGUAACUACUAUGGAAACCUUGAUUGUGAUUGGCUGCUGAGCCCUUUGGUAGUUUCUGUAAUUAGAGGUCUUUUGUGAAACAGGCUCCAAGACUAAAACCUGAGAAAUUUUGUGUGGGGGGGGGGUUCUAGAAUUGUAAAGUGUUAAUGAUGCAAUUUACUACAAAUCAACAAAAAUGCAAGCUUUCCUCUAUUGCUUUAUCAUUAAUGGAUACAUAAUUUUCAUUAAAACACAGCUGGUUCAGAAAAUACUCAAUAUAGCCAGAAGAGCAUCCCCCUCCCCUGCUGUCUCAAAAGGGUGUGUUUAUUACUCCUGGCCCUCAACCCCCCCUUUCGAAGAAAGCCCCCCCCGGUUGUCUUGAAGGGUGUGGCCACCCCAACUCCACCUCUGCUCUGUGAAUGCAGAUGCUCGCCACAAGCACAUUUAAAAAAAAAGAUCACAAGGUGGGUUCUUGUGGAAGUGGAGUUAAAUGAUCUGAAAAUAAAAUCAACUGAUAAUUCAAAACCAAGAAAAUUAAUACAUUUUUUAGGAGACUUGGAUGCCUGUCUUCCCAUUAUUUUAGGGCAUGUGCAAUAUUUUUUUUCAUUGUGUUGUCCUCAUUGUUGGCAGAUUAACUUCUUUUUUAUUUUAUACAAAGCAAAAAUAUUGGAUAAACUAUCUACCAAGCAGUUGGUUAUUUUUAUUGGAAAUUACUACUUAAUGAAAUUCAAAGAUUGUAUUUGUAUGACAGGAAUAAAGACCUUACAAUAAUAUUUAUAUUGAGAAAAUACAGAGGCAAUGUUAUUUUUGUUUGGAAAUGUAUUGUGUGUGUUUCUUUGAUGAGAAUGUUAUGUGACUUCCACUCUUUUUUUUCAGAUCAAUAUUGCAUCGCCUCUUUAUCUACUGUCUCUCUAUUAUGACACAGAUGUUGUAUUCUUAUAAUUUUUGUAAUAAAUUAGGAAAUGUGAAAUUCAAAACACUCAA